CAUUGACGAAGACUCGUACAUGUCACUGAUUUGAACGGCAGUUUUGUGUAAUUAGUGUUCCUUUCCUUUGUUUUGCAUCCGUUUUUGAUAUGGCAGAUGGAAAUUCAUAUAGUGGAGAUGAAUAUUCUGAGGAGGAUGAAGAGGGAGAAGAAUUGGAUCCUCGUGUUCAGGUGAAAUAUAAACUGAAAGAUUUACGGGGGUAUUGUAAGCUAUUUUAAGUCUAAUCUUCGCUGACUCAGUGACAAGCUUGAUAAAUUUCAGCUUAACUUUUUUUAACCCAGGACGAACUUGAAAAACUCAACGUCGCUGCGGAAUCUGUCAACCAUUUAGAAGCUGAACUUGAUGUGAGUAUGGAAUGUCUGCUUCGUUUGUACCGAUCUUUUUGUCGUCACGCAACGCUCCCAAGCUCAUCUUUGUCAUUUAUAUCUUCUCCAUUAGAUUAGAGAGUUUGGUUAGCGCUAGAAAAGGCCAAAUUAGUUUACAAAAGUGUAGUAUUUUGAAUCCCUGAAUCCUUGCAUGUUACAGUGUUGCUUAGCUCAGACCGAUUAGUGUUGAUUUUCAAUCAACAAUGUAUUUGACUCACCGUAUUAUUCGAAUAAGCGCCCAACCUCGAGUUAGCACCCGCCUCGAGUAAGCGCCCAUCCUAACGGUAGAAAAAGUUAAUAAGUGCCCAGCCUCGAAUAAGCGCCCACCCCCAGGGGCAUGAAGUUGAAAAAACCUCCCCCCCCUCUCACUCAAACUCAAAUAACUUUGUUAUUUCCUAUUUAUUGUGCCCAUGUUAAAAAACGAUUUAAAGCUGUGUGUUAACCAUCAGUUUAUUGCUCCAUCGCUCUAUAAUCAGAUAACCCAGCUGAUCUUUUUCAGUUUUUGGCGUAUCACUGACAGAUCCCCCUAGAGAGGGGCGGAAACGCCCCCCCACCCCCAUCUGUCUGUCUGUGUGUCUCUAACAGCUCUCUUAACAUUCCCUGAGACUCUGAAAUUGGCAUUAAGUGAGUUGUGAGUUUGUGGUUGAACAUAAUCAGACUUAAAAAAACCUCUUAAUGUGAUGAGCACAAAGGAAUGUAUCCUUAUUAUAUUGGCAACAAUAUUAUUAAUUUUUAAACCAAUGAUAAUAUUACUAGCAUCCAAUAUAUGCAAUACUUUUGGUUGAGGAAUAUUGAUAUGGAUUUGAAAAUCUAGUUUUUGGACUUUCCAAUCAAACAAAAUUGAGAAAUAAGUUUUUUGCUUGAAAUCUGUUUGGAAGAAUUUAAAAAGUCAGCUCCUGAGAAUACUCAGAUAAGAACAAUGUACCUAUAGGGACUGUUAGGUCUGGAAAAUCCACGAAAUAUCCUCAGUCCAGAAGUGUACCUAUAGCAGCUGGCUCUUACAUGUAGCUACGUCCCGGUCAACCAGCCUUCUUCUUUCUUUUCUUUGCUUCCUUUCUUUUAAGUAAAUUCUUAAUAUUGAUUUUCUUCUUAUUCAAUGUUUUGUAGGAGGCCAGAGCGGUCUUCCGGCAAACCAUGACAGCUGCCACUUAUCAUUUAAAUACUCAGACAAAAAAGCUUGGCAAUAAGAACAUUGAAAAAGCUCGACCUUUUUAUGAUGCUUUGAGAGAGCUGCGUAAGGUAGGGAGGUCAGAGUUCAUUACAUGAUUGUAUAGGGAAGGUCAGUCUCAAUUGGCCGAAAUAAAAAAUUGAACCCAGAAGGACAAGCAAUUUACAAGGAUAUCUCUUUUUUUCCCUAGAGAGACCUUAACAUUCAGUUAAAAAAAGAAAACAUUAGAGGCUUGUAUCAGAUCAACUACAAUCAAGAAAUGUUGUAUGUUAUUUCCAAAAAGCACCCAGAAAAGCGGGAUAAAAGUUUCCUGUCUUUUCUUUAGCAAAAACAACAAAGAGUGUGUCUGUCUGAAGUCUUGAUUUAAAACAAAAAUAGUUUAAUUGUUGCAGAUAUCCUUCUCAGGAGGGAUUUUAAGCUGAACAUUUCUGUCUUUGGCACAUACAAUGUAUGUAUUGUACAUUGUAAUCUUUCGACUCGGUACUGCAACAUUUAAUAAUAAAUUAUUCCAUUUGCGCACGUUGGAUAUGAGUUGGCUAUAAGUAUCUCAUAUCCAACAAGCACGAAUAAAGUAAAUUUUUUGGUAAUUUUUUUUUAGACUCUUGAAAACAUCUGGUUACUACAACUGAAUUUUGGAAAUUUCAUUUUAAAUGUUACGAAACGACCGGAUAUUAAUGUGACUUGCAGUAAACCAAGGGAAAAUCACAUGACAUGUGUGCCAUGUGCGAAUGAAAAAGUUGAAAGAAAAAUCUGGAAGGGACGGACACUGUGCUGAAAUUAUUCCCGACAAGUACUGUUUUCGCUUUCCUUUGCUGUGACUGUGGAAUUUGACACUGGAUAGGUCUACCUGAUUGCUCUUCAGUUUCGUUUUAGACUUCCUCCACUGAAUCGGAGCUGCACAAAGACCCAGCUUCAUUAAUCAAUUUGUUGUUGUUGUUGUUCAAUUGAAAGCUGCUCAUUGUAGGAUUCACUUGAGGCCCGUUAUGGACCAUUAUAGACUUGCGAAAGUGUUAAGAGAUGUAAAAGCUCUUCAAACAUGCAAAAAAUCUGCUAAUGGUUUUGAAAACUUACUCCUACAAGGACUUGCAAGCCAUUCUGAAAACGUUUAAUGUAAACUUUGUUAAUCAGCUCAACAUUAUGGAAGAAUUAAGCUUAUAAUUUCUUUAAAUUUGUAAGGAAACUUCGAAGUACCAUGAAGUAAUUUCAAACCAAAGUCUGUGGCUUUUUUGUUGCUGCCGGUAUGGCAUUUUCUUGUUUUUUCUGUUGUUUUAUCCGUAGAAAGCUUGUGAAAUCUACUUUUUUUUACCGCUUUGUCCGAGAGAAAUUUUGUUGUUUUUCAUAUAAGGUCAAACUAAAGUAUUAUGAGCUGAUAACUGAGAUUGAGUGACCGAUCAGAAUGCUAGAAAUGCAUUAUCCGAGGUUGAAAAUUUAAUAAUUCGUAUUAAUACACUGUGUACAUGUCCCUUGUCAUUGGCAGGCUCAUUAUAAGUUACAACAGGCAACCCUUCAGUAUGAAAAAGCAAAUAGUAGACACAUAUAUGCUAGGCAACGAGUACAAGAAGCAGAAAAUAGAGUGUUUUCAAGCGGGGAGAAGAGAGCAUUUGAUACAGCACUUCAGGAAAUGCUUAAUCAGGCAACAAUCGAGGUAAGUUCUAAGAAUUUUGAUUUUUAACUAUGCAGUGAAAUAUCAUGAGAAUAAUAAUUUUAUAUUUUUGUAAUUUUUUCGAGUUGUUUACGUAAGUCAACAUCAAAAUGGAAGGGGUACAUUGUACCUGGAAAAAUCCCUUAAAAGUUUUCUGAUAAACUGCUAACAUCUCCUUCCUGUUUGACUUGGUAUGCUUGUAAUGUAAAGGGAGAAUUUGGUAUCAUUAGAGUGGAGGGGGGGGGGAGGGGGCCUGCAUGUAAUCCACUUACCCCUUGAGUUAGCGAAGACACUUUUUCCUGAAUGAUGUGACCAUCUUGUCACAUUUUCUAAAAGGUUAAGGAUAUGUAAAUAUGAUAAUGAGCAAGGUUUUUCUUGUUCUUCUGCAAUAUUGAACUGCUGGUCAGAUGGGCUUGGGUUGCUUGGUGUGCUGAACUCCAUGCCCCGGUUGUUCUAAAGUUGGGUAGCACUAUCCACUGGAUAAAAUACAAUCCAGCAGAAUGGGGAAACCAAUUAUUACACUAUCUGAUUAAUAGAGAUUUAUCCUGUGGAUAGCGCUAUCUACCUUUGUGAAUGACAACUAGGGCCAGAUCGAGAGGUCUGAGUUUUUGCCCUUACUCGGGUCAUAAUGACUUGUUCUUGAGCAAGAAAAUAUACUCUCAGUCAGUGGCUCUCUCCACCCAGUCCCUCAUUGUUCAAAAGGACUGGGUAGUGCUUUCCACCAGAUAAAAAUCUAUCCACUGGAUAAUGCUCAGCCUGACAUUUUGUGACGCCACCACUGGUUUCCCUGCAAAAUGAUGUCUGAGAAAUGAGCCUAGAAAUUCCAUAUGGAUGGUCUGUCGUUACCCAGAUCAGGGCAGUGCCUCUCAUCAGUUGAAGCAAACGACCAAUCAGAAGCACUACUCAGAUCUGGGAAGUGAUACUUCAUCAGUAUGGAAUUUCUGUGGUCCAUUCUCAGACGUCAUUUUGUAGGGAAACCAGUGGUGGCAUCUUGAACUGUCAGCUGUUUUCUCAGGCCAGAUAAUGAGGGUCUCCAUUAGGUUUUUUGGGAUGCGGGAGUUUCAUAAUUUGAAUCUGGGGAUUUAAUUAAUUUGAAAUUUGGAGAGAUUUUUACUAGUACAUAAGUUUAACAAAAGUGCCAAUUCAUUAUAGGAUGACCUAGUUAAAGGGCUUUAGAAGGUACAUGCUUAAACAGAAAGUGACUUAUUGGGAUCGUGAAAAUUAUACUUUCCCAGAAGCGAGGUAGAUGAGGUCUAUAAUUGGCCACAGAAUAGACUAUGAUAGUGUAGGGGUACUGAGAGACCAGCGGAAUCAUACCCCGCAAAAAUUAAGACAAGUACUCCUCCCCCGCCCUCGGAUAAAAUCCAGGAAAAGAUGCACCCUUCUCUGCACCAACAGUGGUCAUAUUAAUAAGGUUAGAAUUUCAAUGUGCACUGUAGGUUAACGAGGCAGAAAAUCAGAAAAAGGAGAGUUGGUUAACUCAUCAGAAAAUGUACAAGUCCUACCAAGAAACUGAGAAAAAGGCAAAGGAGAUGCAAAGCAAACUGAAGAAGUUUGUGGAGAAAGCUAAGUGAGUUUUUAGCAUUUACCUGUAACCUUGGGCAACACACCUACCUUACUACGCUGACCAAAUUACUGGAGGCCACCUAAUUGAAGGAACAGUCUUCAGACGAUUGUUGCUCCUACAAAUGUUGCAACCGUUCAUCAGUGGAAUGUCUAACAUUUAUGCAAUUCCAUUAAAUUUAACACGUCAGCGGUUAAAAUUGCCUCGCGUGUAGUACAAGUAUUGAGUUUGAAUUGGUGCAGGCAAAUAAGCUUCGCCACUUCGCUAAGAAGAUUACUGAUUUGUUCUACAUGUAUGUUUUUAAAGCAAUCAGCUGUCAUAAAUUGAGACUUGCAUGCCAACAUUUUGUAUUCACAAGGGUUAUACAGUGUAAAACAUUACUAAUAUUUUGUUAUGAUCUGCAUUGUGCUUUGUAGACCAUACUUUGUUGAGAAGGUUGGAUUUGAUCGCCACCUUUGGGUAAGUUUGACCAUUAUCAGAUUACGUUUGGCAUAUCUAUCUCGAAUACAAUACAUGUAGGACCUUGUGUAGUUUCAUAAGUUUUAUUUCGUUCGAUUGUUUGUUUUUUUAUUAACAAGUGACUUUGCGGAAUUUCUUUUGGGAAUGAAUUUGCAAACUCACAAAUUUUCUCUUUUUUCGCAUUUUGCACACCCUACAGCAAUUAAAGCUGAGAGUGGAUUCAAUCCAGAGAGGUCUAAGUGAAGCAAAACUUAUCUACUCUAACUGCUUGAGGUCGCUUGAAACAAUCAGUGACGACAUUCACCAGAAAAGAAAGGACAAGAAAAUGUCGGCUAUGAUUGCUAAUCUACAGGAAAGAGAAGCUGGUGUUGGGGCAGAUUCUGAGGAUGAGAUGUCUCUUGAUCAAAGCCAGCUUGAUCUUGAUCUGGACUGUAACGCAAGCCUUAGUGAGGUUCAAGGUAUUUUGCCAGGGGACCUUCCUGAAGUACCUCAUAUUUUGGGAGACGGGGGCACGGAAGUGCCGUCCGGAACGGAGACGUCGUCAGGUACAAGUUCAUGAAUGUAACUAAUCCACUAAUUUUUAUGUUGUGCACAGUGUUAGUUGUUAUCACUUUCAGUAUAUGUAUGUAGUGUGAAAACAGUGUUAGUUGUUAUUCCUUUUACAAUUUGGAUAUAGUGUGAAAAAUCAGAAUGCAAGAAAAAUCUUCUGUUUAUACUUGCCUCUCACGCUGACGUUCUUAGGGCUUCGUCACGCCUUCCUUGCAAAAGAACGUUCAAAGGGGAAGGAACGCCUCACGAAGCCCUAGGAACGUCUGCGUGGGAGACUCUCUGUUCACAAAAUUAUGCACAUACUGGCACGAUGCACGAAAGUGUGAAACAGCAAUGAAACACUAUAGCUGCUGUAUGUUGGAAUGGUUGUAGUCGGCUACUGUCCUUCGCAGCCUUUCUUUGUGUCAUCACACAACGGUAGGAGAGUUGCGUGACGACAAAAAUGACGACGACAUUACGUGACGGUACGGCUACAUAGAAGACUAAUAGUCUACAGGAUUUCUGACUUUUUGACAAACUAUUUUAGUCUACAACUGGGGAAAUAUUGAUUUAAUGUGUUAAUGCAUAAUAGGCUUUAUGCUUGUUAGAACGUCUUGCUGUCACAAUUGUUUUGCGAGAUACAUGUAUGCAGUUCAUUUCAGUUAGUUUACCAAAAAAGGGCGUUCAUGUACAUUUUUGUUUGUAUAAGUUGUGUUGAUGAUGGUGUUUCAUUUGAGUUUAUAACAUAGCUAGAAAAUUCGCCUAAUCAAAUUCAAUAGCGCGAGCGUGCUUCACAUUCCUAUUGAGCACGCUGAUGACGUCAAUAAACUAUUCGUAAUUCCUCGAGUUGUUGAUGUGAGCUUAGCAAUCCUGAGUCUCCUGAGUGCAUCCAUAACUCAGCAGUACACGGUGAAGCGUUUACCAUGUGUUUUAUAAGGAAAUUGAAGAGGAAACGUUUGAAUUUGCUAACCGAUAGUAAGGAAAAGAGGUGAGUGUUGUUGUUGUAGUCAUCUCCGCGAGCUGUGCGGGCUAUGGCAUGAGCUCAUUCUUUGCAAAGUUGUUUUCUCUCAAUAACAAAUUUUCGGUCAAUUAAUAGUUUUCCGGAACCUAAAUAUGCAUUUUACAAUCAUUUUAGAGAAGACUUUCUCUCAGUUUCAGGAUAAAAACAUAAGCUUAACUGUGAGGGAAAAAACAUAGUCACGUAAACAUUGACGCGUACUGCUUUGAGCGCGCCCUACAAUAAUAAAAUUUUAAAUUAACUGCCGCAUGUAUCGCUUUGAUAAUGUUUUACAACAAUUAGUUCAUGCUUCAGCUGUGUGUUUGUCGAGAUAUUGAGCACUUGGGAAGUUUGGAGAGCACUCAAGAGGCUAGAGUUGCACUCGGCUGCGCCUCAUGCAACUCUUACGUCUCUUUCGUGCUCUCCAAACUUCCCGCAUGCUCAAUAUCUCGACAUACGCACGCUGACGCAUGAACUAAUUGUUAAAUAGUGUAUAAAUUCCUGUUUGUCUGAUUGCAUUUUCAGUGUGCGGUGAUGAUGUUGCUGUACGGCUGAAGAAUAUGAGCGUGGAUUCUGGAUCCAUAAAUAUAGUAGACAGACAGAUCUCGGGGGCUGAAAGCUCUGAUUCGGACUUUGCUUCAGGGUCUUUCAAGCGCGAGGUUUAUGGCUGUGAAGAGGAUGAGAAUGCUGCAGGAGAGUGCAGUGGUGAAGGAAUGAAGAGAAAAGAAACAGAGCAAAAUGAAGUAGUGACGAAUGAUGGUGUGCCUUUAGGGAAGUCUGAGCCUAAAUCUGUGGCUAAAGAAGUGACGAAUGAUGGUGUGUCUUUAGGGAAGUCUGAGCCUAAAUCAGUGGAUAAAGCGAGUGUAAAUUCUUAUGAUGAUUCUUUGUAUUUAAGUGAGCUUGAGGCCGCUGGCUCCACCAAACAGCUUCACAAAAUCAAAAUGGAUGAUGCUGGUGAUACAUCUGUGGACCAAAUUGAUGUUGUUGUAAAAACACGUGAAGAUGUUGAGCAGCAUUGUGUUAAUUCCUUGGAAGAUUCUACAUGUAUAUCGCAAAGUGCAUCAGAGACCAGAGAUAAUUCUCUUGAACAACUUGAAAUUGCUGUGGAAGAGUUUACUAAUGCAGUAACUGUUCAGAAAAGCGAUGCAGUUGAUGAUUUUGAUGGGAAACUUGGAUCUUUUGCAGGCACAGAAAGCACUCAAAAGUUAACCGGCAGUGACAAUAAUGCAACUGAUGAUGACGUCAUUUCUCCUCAGAGUGGUCCUAGAGAUGUUACCGAGUCCACUGAAACUGAAGCUUUAGAGAAUGAGGAGUGGAUUUGAUGAAAGAGUGAAAGUGAGCGACGAACGCAUUGUUUAAGUUCUGUGACGUCCUAACCUGCGAAUACAGCUGUCUCUCCUCUCUCCUCGCCGCUAGGACGUUUCGCGGGAGAGAUGUCUGCGAUUCGACUACUGACGACUUAGAUUUUUCCAGAAUCUGAUAAAUGAGUACUGAGCUGAUUGGUCGACUUUGUAAUUUUAUUCUUUUAGCUACGUGUAUACCUAUUGCUUACGAAUGACAGACAAAAGACAAAAAGUCACAAAGAUCGAUUGAUCAAACGCCUUGGGUCUACUAAAAAAGUCAUUAUUCGUGUAAGUUUUUUCUUCUUUACAAGAGGUAUAUGAGUUUUGCUGCUGCUCUUCUUAGACCAACUAAAAUAGAGCAGGUGAAACAUAAGCUCUAACAAAUUUACAUCUGAAACCCAUGGCCAUCAAUUUUAUGAUUAUAUAAACAUUGAUUCACGUCAUCAGUAUGGAUUUUUGGCCGCCUAGUUGUCAGGCACCUCUCCCGCGUAACGUCUGUAGCAGCGAGGAGGGAGGAGAAACGGCUGUAUUCGCAGGCUAAUCACGUCAAUGUAGAGUCACGUGUGACUCUAAAUUACAGCUGUACUCCAAAGAACCCUGUUUGAACAGUGUCUAUGAUAAGAAGUAGACGUUUCGUAAUAUAUAGUGGGAGACCGCAUUUGUAAUUUGAUCUAUUACAUAAAACCAUAACACACGUUAUGCGAAAAAUUGCUGGUUUUUUAAACAACGUUUUUUUUCGCAGUAAUUGUUUUGACUUGAAUAGUGCAACUACUAUUAGGCAUCAUAGGACAAUAGGACCCUCGAUUAUUGAUAUCUCGGUUUUUAAAAAUGUAUUUGAUAUCUUGUUCUGUCAUCUUGAAUGUGAUUUGUGAUGUUAUUAGUAGACGAAACGAGAAAACAUCGUUGGAAAUGAAAAGCUAGAUGAUUAUUUUUAGGGGAAUCCGUCAUUUGGUAGUUAUCUUUUAAUUUUAAAAUGUGCAAUAUUAUAAAUUUCAUUGGUUGUCAGUUGGAAAAAAAGUUCUUAGCCGUCAAAUUUAUCCCCAAAGCCAGGAUUCCUUUUGAAGUAAUCGUAGUUUUAUCGUCAAGCCUUUCUUAUCCUGCUGACGAUGCCCGAAAUAAAAGCUAGA